CACCUGGUGGGCCACUGCGAGUAGCAGAAGGCUGGACUAGAUGGACUCUGGUCUGAUCCAGCAGGCUCAUAAGGUCUUAAUGGUCACACAGUCUGUCCACCCAGCACAGAUCCAGUACACCGCUCAGGGCCCCCUCUGUUUAUUUCAGGCAUGUCCGAAUUUGCAACUCAGCCCACAGGAGCACAGCAUUCACAACAUACCCUGAUUCCUAUCUGCAGAGGUCACCUUUUGCCGUUGCCUUUUGAAAGUUCAGGCUCUGGCCCCCCACGUUGUGAGUUACUUUACACCCAGUUUAGACCUCAACCCCCAGGGCCACAAUUUAGAAUUCCUUCUGUCCCAGCCUGUGUUGCUGCGUGCCUCAGACGCCACCUUCCCGUGAGUUUCUGAGCAAGUCCUCACGCUCAGUAUGGGGUUUUCGGAACCAUUUGUUUUAAUAAUACAAGGGCCUCCUAGGCAAAUGCAGCUCUGGGGUGUCUUUGUUUUGGCCAAUUACUGAGAGCACCGUGGCCUGGUUUUUGACGAGGGUGUUUCUGGCUCGGCGGUUUUCCACCCACACACCCACCUUCUCCAGCCGUGCAUCAUUCCAUCAUCUCGCCUCCUAGCUUCUUGCAAGCCUAUCCCUUUCUCCCGAACCCAGAGAUUGAAAGACGGGAAACCAGAACGGACCUGGCUACAAGCCCUUCGCUUUCUUCUGACGGCCCAGGUCUCACCGUGCCAAGACCCACGCCCUGCUUCCCAUCAGCACCAAGGAGGUCCCGUUGCCCAAGGGCCAAAGUGCCUUCAAGCCGUUUCACAACAGCACCCGGCAGGUUCCCGGCGGUACAGGACAGAAGCAACCGUGCGGAGAAAGGUGGCUGAGGAAGAUCAUCUUUGAGAUGCGGAGAACAUCGAGUAGCUUGGAGGCUGGAAACUUGGCCCUCUUCUGCCACUAGCCCAUCCAGCACUCUCUCCUGGAUGGCUUCCCCACCCUGUCCUGUGGUCACUCAACCCUCCGCCAUCGGCCGCUGCUGCCCGUGUCCGUACAGAGCCUGGAAAACGGAUCUACUGGACUGUUGUGCUGACAAGAAGAUCUGUAUCUGUGGGAUCCUCUGUCCUUGCCUCCUCGCUUGCAAGGUGGGCGUGGAAUAUGGCGAGUGCUGCUGCGUCCCUUUCCUCCCGGGGGCCCUGGUGGCCAUGCGGACGGGCCUGCGGGAACAGCUGCGCAUCAAGGGCUGCGUCUGCUGCGACUGGGUGGCGUUCUGCUGCUGCUGCCCCUGCGCCCUUUGCCAGAUGGCCCGAGAGCUGAAGAGCCCCUGCUGACCUUGAUUCCAUGCACACGCGUCGUUCCCUGGCUGCUGCCGACGUCCAGGAGAGACACGCUGUGGAAUGACCGCGCCCGCCCCACCCCCCUUCUGGAGGAAGCUUUGCACCCAGCGCUGGGCCUGGGCGGAUAAUCCUGCUGUGCAGGGAACUGGGAACUGCUGCCCGGUGGAACACCGAAGGGACGGUUUUGGUUUGGGACGGGGCGGGUUGUCUCUUUCCGUCUGGCCUUUUGAGCUGUCACUUCAAUUAUGAGUAAAACCGCCGGUUCCAGGUUGGGGAAUUUCUGAAGAUUGUUUGGCAGAG